AUGAAAGACUGGCGCUUUAAAAAAAAAAAAAAAAAGGUUCUCGAAAGUCGCAAACGUGAAUUGUUCUGUGAACAUCAAGUUGGUACACCGAAAAGUUACUACCGGACGCCAAGCAUUUUCUCUUAUGGUUCGCCUCGCUGCCUAGCAAUCUUGAUGGAAGCAUGAGCGUUCUCGACAAAAUCGUCUAAGAAGUUGAGCGUCAUGAAUUCCACCGCCACUGCCACUUAUCCCAUGGCCUCCCUGUAUGUUGGGGACCUGCACUCCGACAUCACAGAGGCCAUGCUAUACGAGAAGUUCAGCCCCGCCGGCCCAGUGCUUUCUAUCCGAGUGUGUCGCGACAUGAUAACUCGCCGCUCACUCGGCUACGCGUACGUGAACUUCCAGCAGCCAGCUGACGCUGAGAGAGCCUUGGACACCAUGAAUUUUGAUGUAAUCAAAGGCAAACCUAUACGGAUCAUGUGGUCGCAGCGAGAUCCCUCCCUCAGAAAAUCAGGAGUUGGCAAUGUUUUCAUCAAAAAUCUAGACAAGUCUAUUGACAACAAGGCCUUGUAUGACACAUUCUCUGCUUUUGGCAACAUUUUGUCCUGCAAGGUGGUGUGUGAUGAUAAUGGCUCCAAGGGUUAUGCCUUUGUUCAUUUUGAGACGCAAGAGGCCGCAGACAGGGCAAUAGACAAAAUGAAUGGCAUGCUGCUAAAUGAUCGUAAAGUGUUUGUUGGAAGGUUCAAAUCUCGAAAGGAACGGGAAACAGAGCUGGGAGCAAAAGCCAAGGAGUUCACCAAUGUUUACAUCAAGAAUUUUGGGGAAGAUAUGGAUGACGAGAGGCUGAAAGAACUUUUCAACAAAUAUGGCAAAACUCUCAGCGUCAAAGUUAUGACCGACCUCACUGGCAAAUCAAAAGGCUUUGGAUUUGUGAGCUAUGAAAAUCAUGAGGAUGCAAAUAAGGCUGUGGAAGACAUGAAUGGAAAAGAGGUUAAUGGGAAAUUGUUUUUUGUUGGGCGUGCUCAGAAGAAAGUCGAAAGGCAAGCGGAGCUUAAGCGUAAGUUUGAGCAGCUGAAGCAGGAGCGCCUUAGUCGCUACCAGGGGGUAAAUUUGUAUAUCAAAAAUCUAGAUGACACCAUUGAUGAUGAAAAGCUGCGGAAAGAGUUCUCCCCGUUUGGAUCUAUUACUAGUGCUAAGGUUAUGUUGGAAGAGGGACGAUCAAAAGGUUUUGGAUUUGUGUGCUUCUCAUCCCCAGAAGAGGCCACCAAGGCAGUGACUGAAAUGAAUGGGCGAAUUGUAGGCACCAAACCACUCUACGUGGCACUAGCACAGCGCAAGGAAGAAAGGAAAGCUCAUCUCACAAACCAGUACAUGCAGCGCAUUGCUGGUAUGCGUGCAAUGCCUGCUAACACUAUUAUUAAUCAGUUUCAGCCAACUAGUGGAUAUUUCAUGUCAACUUUGCCUCAGGCUCAAGGUAGAGCUACAUAUUUUGCACCAAACCAGCUUGCACAAAUGAGGCCUAAUCCUCGCUGGCAGCAGGGUGGGCGACCUCAAGGCAAUUUUCAGUCAAUGCCAAAUACUGUCAGACAGUCUGGUCCUCGUUCAAAUCUCCGGCACUUGACACCCAACUUAAACACCCAGGGACCCCGUUAUAUUUCAUCGGGAGCACAGCGCGUUGGUGGUGUUGGAACAGGGCAGACCUUAGGACCUCGUUCAUUCUUAGCUACGUCGUCUCCUCGCAUUGGACCCCCCUACAAGUAUGCCAGUACAAUCAAAAACACACAACCAACGGCCACACAGCCAAUCACUGUGCAACAGGGUGCUUCCCAUGCUGUACAUGUCCAAGGACAAGAGCCACUUACUGCCUCUAUGUUGGCUGCAGCUCCUCCUCAGGAACAGAAACAAAUGCUUGGUGAACGCCUUUUUCCUUUGAUUCAGACUAUGCAUCCCAGUUUGGCUGGUAAAAUCACCGGAAUGCUACUGGAGAUCGACAAUUCAGAGCUGCUUCAUAUGCUUGAGUCUCACGAGUCCCUUCGCUCAAAGGUCGAAGAAGCUGUUGCCGUUUUGCAGGCUCACCAAGCUAAGAAGGAUGCUGCUCAUAAAGUAGGGACUGUAAGUCCAGUGGUGACCUCAUAAAGUAAGAUGAAAGGUAAUGAGAGCAUGUGGUGUAUAAUCUUGUCUGACUCAUUAAUUCAGUUAAGAGGGAAUUUAAGAUAAAGGAACUGUGACAGAAGGCAUAUAAGAGCACAAUAAAGCGACUAAAAAGGAAGAUAAAUG